CUUAGUUCUUGAUGAACUUUGACGUGUGAACUUGUUCUUCUUGUAAUUGUUAAACUUGACACUGUCAUAUUCACAUAUAAUCUCUAUGUACUCUUUUCUUGUUAACAAGUUUCAUAUAGGAUAUACUAAUGUAUCAGGUUUCCUUAUCUAAAAAUGCUGAGCUGGCCCUAGAAGAAACAACACAGGCAAAGGCUAAAGGUGAUGUAAUAUACUAUUGGGCACAUUUGGAUGUGGAUGGUGGUUUUACAGGAAGCAAUGAUGCUCGUACCUUCUGGUCAAUGUGUGACAUAUUGAAUGGAGGCAACUGCAGAAAUGCUUUCCAAGAUGCCUUUUGUAGAAUGUAUGGCUUACCAUCACAUAUAGAAGCUCUCCCAACCAUGCCUGGAGAUGGUGGGAGAUGGUCAGCACUACAUAGCUGGGUUAUGCCAACCUCUUCUUUUCUGAAGUUCGUUAUGUUUUCCAGGAUGUUGUCGAUGCUCUGGAUGGUUUUCACGUGAAUUCAAGCAAUAGGACACAUUGUAUACUGGCAAUAUCAACAUUUUUUGUCCGAAUUUUUACCACUAGACCACCAGAAGCAGCACUGUUACUGUCGGGUACUGGAACUGUUGGUAAAUGUCUGGGCCUAUCACAGUGCACGGCAGAUGGUUUACAUUAAUCCUCACUCAGUUGUGCUGGAAGAAAAGCACUCAAUUGAGCAGCGAAAAGGAUAUAUGUGGGCGAAGUACUUCAACAUGACAUUGAAGACUAUGGAUGAAGACUUGGCAGAAGCUGCUGAUGACAAAUACCAUCAACGUGGUUGUGGCCAUUAAUGGGAGAGGUAUACUGACAAGGGAUAUAUGAAAGGGAGAGAGGAGAGAUACGGGCAAAAAAUAGACUAAGAAGAUAAAGACGGGAGAAACUACUUGAAAGAAUGAAACACGGAUAUAAACAAAAGACACUUGGAGGAUAACACAUCUUGGCUAGAAGAGAUUUUUGACACCAUUAGUGAACAACUUGGCUCCUAACACGACAACCAAAGCUCAUUUUUGAUCUGGGCUUGGGGUGAAAGAGAACGAGGCCAAACAAAGGAGUGGUUUAAUUCUUUCUAACUGCUUCAACACAAAACUGACAUACUCUACUGACCUAACUACAUAUAUUCAUAUGGAGGGAGAGUGCAUUAGGCUUGGCAGAGCAACCACAUUUUCUAAAGCUUUUAUAAUGGACAUGAUAUGCGGCUCAUUACUAUUCUCUGAUUCUAAAAGGGGUCUGUAGUGGAGAUUCCAUUACUGCAAUAUUUGAAAUGAGUAGAGCCUCUGCUGAAAUUGUAUUCUUUCGACAAUGUAUAUACAUUUGGAUACGAUAAAGCAAAUGCAAAUUCGUUUUACUA